AUGCCUCCUGGCCGUCCCCGCCUGGACUUGGAGCCAUACAAAGAUGAGAUCAUCAGGGCGUUUGACCGGCGCGAAACCGUUGAGAGCAUGAUCAAGGGCCUCGCCGCCAAGGGCGUUGAAGUAAACGGCAAGACGUUCCAGCGCAGGAUGAGGGAAUGGGGACUCUAUCGCUAUGCGAAGACGCCCAAGAAGCAGAGCAGCACGGGCCGGACGAGCACCGUCGGCAGCAACCCGGGCAGCAUGGCGGCGUCCGUCACUCAACCGGCCCUGCAGCCUAUCACGCAACGAGACGAGAUUCCUGACUCCGUAAGUCUACUUCACCGUUUCCCGAUGAGGCAACUGUAA